AUGGCCCGACUCCGAAUUCCUGCAUCGUCAGUUCGGGUUCGCCAGGCGACAUCUACAUACGCAGUCUCUAACAACCAGACAAGCAAUCAACCCUUCUGCUAUACUGAACCCGCCAUUCAUACACGUCCCGACCAUGGCGAAAAUGCAUCAGAGACAUCCCUACCACUGAAGCUGUCCACUCGGUUGCCCACAAAGGGCAGUGUAAAGAGUUCGACUUCAAUGAACCGAGCUACGAAGAGCGAUAUUCAAGGAUACAUUGUAGGAAAGUACCAGGCUGUUGAGAAUGCGCGCCACGAACAUAUUGACCGGACUGGCACCAAGGUUGUUUUCUUCCUUGGCCAAGAAGGGGAACAAGAAGAGGAAGAGGAAGCAACCGAGCUACCAGACGAAGACAUGAAGGCCAAUCUGGGCGCGUACGUUAACGACCAGGAAGAUGAAGACCGAUCAUGGAACGAUAUGCAAAACUUCAUACGAGAGAAUCAGACCUUCAAAACCAAGUCUUCUGCGAGGGCGAAGCUACCCUCUUUGGCUCAAUGUAUGGCAAGGGCAUGUGUCGAUAACGCUGAUUUAGACCUUGACUCUGACUCAGAAGACGACGGAAUUGAUCUCAGUCAAAAGAUCGAGCAUGCUGUAUCGGCAUUCGCUGAGAAGAUCAAAGAAUAUGAGAAGGAAGACAAGGAAUACAUUAACGAUGACCCGUUGAACAAUGACUAUCUCGUCCACCACCCACCUAUGCUGUCGCCUCUGGAGUCUAUCGGUAUCUCCUACCCUUACAACAACAAGCAGAACUUUGGAAUUCGCAGGCACAGCGACGGUAGGUCACUUGCGUCACUCGUCGCUCGUGCUGAUGAAAUCUCCGUUUAUUUCAACGAAGAUGUCUGCUUGCCUUGGUCGACUUUCGAAUCAUCCUCGCUGUCUUCAUCGCCGAAUCCGUCAUCUGACGCAAGUGUACUGGAUAUAUCUACGGACGACGCACUUGUUAUGCUACGCGAGCGCUUCCGAAUCGUACACAACGUAGGUGGUGGUACAGGUUACUGCCGUCGGGAGUGGCUAGAUGCCAAGUUCAAGACGGUAUGCAGCACGGUGCAUGGGCCGUCCCUGUUGCGGUUUUCGACGAGCUGCUAUGAGCAUGUACAGCCACCGGUGAUCACGAACGCGAGUACCGCCACGCAGCAGGACCAAUACGACCUUGUAUCUCGUGUCAGGAUUUCGCCUUCCAAGGACACACUGAAUACCAAGUCGUCUGUUUGGACCUCCGCCUUCUCGAAAUGCACCUUCAUGAUAUCAAUAUCUUCCUAUCAGACCGAUCGUCUACAGUCAGCAAAAGAUGAACAUCAUCUCCAUAUCGAUGGCCCCGGUAUGGAUGUCGAGAAGCAUGAGCGCGAUGACAGGCGGGAUCGAAAGCGUGUUGAUAGCCUACCUGUCCUUACCACUAAAGUUUGGUCUGAUGAGCUACAAGUAGAGGAUAUUGAGCAGCUAUAUGCACCACUGUAUACGUCCGCCGAAGAUACUAGAGAUGUGCCUACGACGUUCGUGGCAAACAAGACCCACGACUCUCCGUUAGUGCGCGAGCGGACUGUAGACGAUAAUGUCUCAACUGAUUUAGAUUAUGAUUUGGAAUCAGAACCGGCGGCCCAUGAUAGUCCCAACAGUAUGCGGAGUAGGUGGACUAGCAGGAUGAAGCAUUUCAUUAAAAUGUUGCCAAAGAAGUCAAAGCAAGCCACACGCGACUGCUUUGGGGCUACAAAACAGUUCUCACGGACGGCUUGGAACUUGGUACCAGCUGCUGUACAGAGCCGGCGACCCUCUCCGAGGAUCGACAGCGUUAUCUAG